AUGUUUCCUACACGCUCCCUCCUUGGCUCGGCUCGCCUGACGUUGUUCACCCGCGCAGGCUGUGGCCUAUGCGACACCGCCAAAAACACCGUUCUUCAGCUUCAGAAACGUCGAUCCUUCGAGUACGUCGAGCAGGAUAUCAUGGAACCGGCAAAUAAGCAAUGGAAAGAUGUAUACGAGUUCGAUGUGCCCGUGCUCCAUGUCCAGUCUGUGAACAAUGGCUUACCCAAGGCGGCUGCCCUGUCGGACGCUAAGAAACUAUUUCAUCGGUGGACCGAGCAAGAGGUCGAGCGGUCUGUUGAGGAGGUGGAGAAGCAGGAGUCCUGA